AAAUGGAGAAAACUACUAAAAUAAAAAAAAAAUCCUUUAUUAUGUAAAAGUUCUUUGAGGUAAAAGGAAAAAAAAAAAAGGUUUGGAAUGAGAAAUGGAUACAAUAAAUCCAUUGAAAGACCAACCUCAUUCAAUUCCAUUGAGGAAGUUAUUGCUUUGGGCUUUGUAUGCUCUUCUUCCUAUAAUAACUUUUUAUCACUUACUUGCCUUUCCUUUUCCUCAAUCUAAACAAUCACUAGUCAUCACCACCUCAUCUUCAACUCCAUCAAAAGAAAUAGGAAAUGCUAGUGUAGAAAUUUCAUGUGACUAUAGCAAUGGCAAUUGGAUUCAAGACAAAUUAGGCCCUUUAUACACAAAAUGUAACACUAUCAAAGAGGGUCAAAAUUGUAUAACACAUGGUAGACUUGAUAAUGACUAUCUUUAUUGGAGAUGGAAACCAAAUAAUUGUCAACUUCCAAGAUUUGAUCCAAAAAAAUUUCUUCAACUCUUCAAAAACAAGAAUCUAGCAUUUGUUGGUGAUUCACUAGCUAGAAAUCAAUUGGAAUCAUUACUUUGUAUGUUAUCAACUUUUAGUCCUCAUGACUUAGUUUUUAGUCAUGGUGAGGAAAAUAAGUUUAGGAAAUGGCAUUUUCCUUCACAUAAUGUGAAUAUAUCAAUAUAUUGGUCACCUUUUCUAGUUAAAGGGGUUGAAAAAUCAGACAAGACAUAUUAUAAUACUUUGUACUUGGACUCUGUUGAUGACAAAUGGGCUAAUGAUUUAGGACAGAUGGAUUUGGUUGUGUUUUCAAUUGGUCAUUGGUAUUUGCAUUCAGCAGUUUAUAUUUAUGGUGACAAAGUACUAGGUUGUCAUUCUUGUCCUGGUUUGAAUUACACUGAGGUUGGAUUUUAUGAUGUUUAUGGUAAGGCAUUUGAGACAACUUUUAAGACAAUUAUUGAUAGGAGGGGUAGUGGCAAAUACACACUUGAUGUGAUUGUGACAACAUUUUCACCAGCACAUUUUGAAGGUGAAUGGGACAAGUAUGGGGCAUGUUCUAAGACAAAGCCAUAUGAUGCUAAGGAGAAGGAGAAACUUGAAUGGAUGGACGCGGAGAUGAGGGAAACGUCUAUUAAACAAGUGAGUAUCGCCAAAAAGGAAGGUCGUGAAAAGUAUGUGAGGUUUGAGGCCGUGGAUGUGACUAAGUUGGCGUAUUUGAGACCUGAUGGUCAUCCUGGACCUUAUAUGCAUCCUUUUCCAUUUGCUAAUGGGAUUCAAGAACGCGUUCAGAACGAUUGUGUUCAUUGGUGUUUGCCAGGGCCUAUUGAUACAUGGAAUGAGAUUUUGAUGCAAGUUAUGAUCAAGAAAAUGGACAUGAUAGUUGUUUAGUGAAGAAAGUUUACUUUUACAGUACUAGUUACUAUAUGUAUAUUUGAUUUUUCCAGAUUCUUGUCUAUUGGGUAAACUUUUUUUUGUUUCCCUUGUAGAGCCAAAGAAAGAAAUUCAGGUUUGUGUCACGUAGGGUCCAUAAAGGAAGAAACGCACACUACCAGAUUUUAAACUCUAGACUUCUAGUUUAGAGUGAAAGUUUACUUUUACUAGUACUAGUUGCUAUAUGUAUAGUGUUGAUUUUUCCAGAUUCUUGUUCAUUGUGUAAUUUUUUUUUGUUUCCCUUGGAGAGCCAAAGAAAGGAAUUCAGAUUUGUGUCACGUAGGGUUCAUAAAGGAAGAAACGCACGCUACCAGAGUUCAAACUCUAGACUUCUAGUUCAGAGUGAAAGUUUACUUUUACUAGUACUAGUUACUAUAUGUAUGUUGAUUUUUCCAGAUUCUUAUCCAUUGGGUAAUUUUUUUGUUUCCCUUGGAGAGCCAAAGAAAUGAAUUCAGAUUUGUAUCA